UGCCCUUUUCAUAGAAAGUCUUGAGCAGGAAAAAAGGCGCAAUUUUUAGAUCGGGCUCGUCUUCCUCUCCUUCCUGGAUCAGCGACGACAUUGAAAAGCUUAUUUUUUUUUUUCUUUGUGAACUCAUCGAUCGAUAUUCCUUCGAUGUUGAGGCUAUGGAGAUUGUACCAGAAGUGCUUGGAAGUGCAUCCUGUGAAGACCCAGGUGAUCAGCUCGGGGAUCCUCUGGGGAUUGGGGGAUAUCGGCGCUCAGGCCGUCACCCAUUCGACUUUGAAGAAAAAGCGUCAAAGUCCGUAUGACGGCAAAGAAUUUAAGAUCAAUUGGCAACGGGUGGGUAUCACAAGCAUGUUUGGAUUUGCAUUUGUUGGACCAGUUGGCCACUACUGGUAUGAGUACUUGGACCGUUUCAUCAGAUUUCGUCUCCGUCUCCAACCUAAAACUCCCAAGUUCGUCGCGGCAAAAGUCGCCAGCGAUGCUCUCAUUUUCGGUCCAUUAGAUCUACUAAUCUUUUUCUCAUACAUGGGAUUUGCAUCUGGGAAAAAUGUGGAGCAGGUCAGGGAAGAUGUGAAGAGGGACUUUCUUCCAAGCCUGGUGAUUGGUGGAGGAAUUUGGCCGCUGGUUCAGAUUGCAAAUUUCAGAUUUGUUCCUGUAAGGUACCAACUUCUGUAUGUAAAUUUCUUUUGUCUUUUAGACAGCUGCUUCUUGUCAUGGAUUGAGCAGCAAGGAGAUGCUGCUUGGAAGCAGUGGUUUAAUUCUUUUAUUUCUCUGGAAAAUCAGAAAGGUUAGCCAACCUGAAUUGUGAAGUGAAUUUUUUGAGCUUCCAAGGUGCAUAAUUUCUUCUGCAUUUCUGUUUUUCAAUUAAGAUUCAGAUGAAAUGAUAUUAUUUUAUAUACGUCCAUUAUGUAGAGAUUUGGAUUAUAAUGAGAUAAAUUUUUA